UAUAAUGAAUUGGCAGUCUCACCUGGAAUCAUAAUGAAUUUGGGAACCUUGCCUGUGGAUCAGUGAUGUUAAUUUAAUGUGCCCUGGAUUAUACUGUGGGAGGUCAACAAUAGAAAACAGAAAUGACAGCCAUCCACAGUUUGGAGAAUGUGGGGUAUGCCCAAGAGGGGAAAGAACAGAUGAACUGAGGAUUUGUCGAAAAUGUGAGGAUUCACCGGAACUCUACGAUUGGUUGUACUUAGGCUUCAUGGCAAUGCUGCCUCUGAUUUUGCAUUGGUUCUUUAUCGAAUGGUAUUCAGGGAAGAAAAGUUCCAGUGCACUUUUUCAGCAUGUGACAGCAUUAUUGGAAUGUACUGUUGCAGCUAUUGUUACAUUAUUGGUGAAUGAUCCAAUUGGGCAACUGAAAAUCCGAUCCUGCCGAGUGAAGAUGCUGUCAGACUGGUAUACAAUGCUUUAUAAUCCGAGUCCAGAUUACAUCAAUACAUUGCACUGUACACAGGAAGCUGUAUUCCCUUUAUAUACUAUUAUCUUCAUAUACUAUGCCUUUUGUCUGGUUUUUAUGAUGUUGCUUCGUCCACUCCUGGUUAAAAAGAUUGCCUGUGGUCUUGGAAAAUCUGAUCGAUUUAAAAGCAUUUAUGCAGCUCUCUACUUUUUUCCAAUUCUGACAGUACUUCAGGCAGUUGGUGGAGGCCUGCUUUAUUAUGCUUUUCCAUACAUAAUUCUAGUCUUGUCAUUGGUAACUUUGGCAGUAUACAUGUCUGCUUCAGAAAUACAGACACACAAGGAUCUGAUCACCAAAAAGAAGAGACUGGUUGUUCUGUUUAGUCAUUGGAUGUUGCAUGCCUAUGGAAUAAUCUCAAUUUCAAGAUUAGAUAAACUGGAUCAAGAUCUGCCUCUGCUGGCUUUAGUACCAACUCCAGCACUUUUCUACCUGUUAACUGCUAAAUAUACAGAACCUUCAAGGAUAUUGUCAGAAGGUGGCAAUGGACAUUGAAAAGGGGCACAUACUAUAGAACAAGGGAUGUUUGAAACAGAUUCUAGCUGUUUGUGUAAGAAUCAGUAUGAUUACAGUAUAAUUACUAUUGCUUGUUCGGCUGUGAUGUGCUGUCUGCUUUAUUUAUAUUUUAUGUACAUAAUCGAUUCACAUGCUUUGACAAAUCAGCAUUAAAAUGCAGAUAAGAAAUUUUAUUUCAAUAAAUUGGAUCCAUCUCUCAUAACUGCAGUGGAUUACAUAAAGUGUAAAUUUCAGCUUCUUUUUCAUCCUGUGGGGCAGAAUAUAAAUGGUGAAUCUUUUGCAAUGAUACAACUGUCCAAACCUAAUCAACAUUAAUUUUCAACACUGUGUUUCUGAACUUUGGCUAAUGCCAGUUUAUUGGAAGAAUUUAUUUGAUCUCCUUGAACAAAGUGCGGUGGUGGGUCAGUUGAAAGGGCCUGCCUACAUCGCCAAUUAAUUGGUUCUUUCAGAAGCUGCCCAUGGUUUUUUUGAAUAUUAAAGGUUAGAUUUAAGUUGCCACAAUAAUUAUCAGUCUACAUUUUGUUUUUCCACUGUAACUUUCACCCAUCCAUUUUCUAGUGGAGUUCCUCUAUCUAUACAGAGGAACCUCGAUUAUCCGAAGGACACGGGUGGGGUGUAUUUCAUUCAGUUAAUCGAAUGCUGGAUAACGUAGUUUAGCCAAGCAUUGGGACCUUGUGUUGUUGCCGGAUACUCAAGUUCUGAUAAUCAAGGUUCUUCUGUAUGUAGUUAGCUUUCUAUCAUGAAAGGUUUGGUAUUAAUAUUUUCUUGAGGCAAUGUUUCUCAAGUAUAAUUUGAAACGUUGAGAUCUUAAAUACAAAAACUGGAAGUAUAUCUUUCAGAAAUCUCAAUGAUAAAUGUUUUAAAACAUAAAGAUUUGGAGGGAAUUACGAACAGAGACCUCUGAUACUGCCAGUUAAAAGUGACUAAGUAUUUUUCACAAAUUUCAAAUUAAAUAUUAUUAAUAGGAUUUAAUGAUAUUUUCUUACCUAUAUAAUGUUGUCAUUGAGGUGAUGUGAUUUGUUUCAUCACGCAUCUUUCCUUUUCUUCUGUAAUUUAAAGAUAAAGUAAAUUUUAAAAUAAGUUUAAUCCAACUAAGAAAGUAAUUUUAAUCAAAUAUGGCCUACCAGUAGGAAGUGUGGCUCCCACAAAGGACUGCAGUUUACUUAAGUACUGUUUUAGCUGAUCACUAACGUAGCCAACCGUUUGUAUUCUGCUAUAGAUUUUCUGCAUCAGAUCCUGUAUUGUGUUUAGUACACACUGUUCACAUUCUUCAGAUUCCUGCAAAAGUGGCAUUUGUGAAUUCUGUGAUAAAUACAUGCAUAAAUACCAGUAAAAAUCUUUGUUACUCACUACCUUUUGAACCCUAGCAUCCAGUGACCAGCUAUUCAGAAGAUUAUCUAAAAACAAAGAAAAAAUAGUAUUACUUUGGUAGCAUGUGUUAAUUAAGGUAUAUUACUCCGAGUAGAACUAAGUAUAGGUAGUCUUUCAAACAGGGACACGAUAGUGCAAACAGUAUGCAUGCACUUUGUGUCAACAAUAAUGAUUAAAUUGUAGAUGCAUUUUGCUUGAAAUUUGUAUGUAAAUAUGAGGAAAAAAUGACAAAGUUUAAACAUUUAAAUUCUAGAACACUUAUAUGAUUUAUGAAUGCAAAUUGAAAUUUUUCAGGAGACUGAAAUCAUUUUUCUCACUAUAAUAGAAUUGUUUGCAUCCAAGGUAUCUGAGGUGAGCCUAAGUUUGCACAUAUAGUAAUUAAUUUGUUGGUAGAAAUAUUUAGGAAUAAAAACUGACUAUAAAGUAUCACAAUUACGAGGCUUGAUGUUAAACACUGGAAUGUAAACUUUGUGACAUUGUGUUAAGUUCUUUUCACAAAACAGUUUUUCAGAUGAUGCACCGUAGAUGAUUUGUAGUUCAAUAUCCUGUUGGUUUUUUGCUGUGAUUUGCUUUUCUCUUCCUUCUUUGAGUGAGGCAAUGACUCUCACCAGUUGGAAGUUGCACUGUCAAUGAAAGAUAGGAAAGAUUAAUUGGAAUAUAUUAUUAUUAAUAUGCAGCUUCAUUGUAAUCAGAGGUGUCUCUCAUCCUGCAGAUUUUUACAGCAAAUUCGCUGAAAGUGAUUAAGAAUGGAAAUCCAGACCUUAUUGCUUAACUUUCUCAGCUAAAGGAACGGAUAGUAAUGCCUAACCACAACAGCCAUUUUUGCUGCGCUGUUGGUUAAGGAAGAGCAUGUGCAAAUGUGAAUAUGCUUUAUUUUACUGUUUCAUGCAGGAAUAUUUCUUUCUUGAAGAGAUUCUGCCGUUCAGAUGCAUGUAAAGUGUAAAUACAUACAACUAGUUUUAAUAGAAAACACUGCAUUGCUAAAUAAUACUUCACUCACCAGUUUCAGUUUGCAGUUUUCUAUCUCAAGAUAUUCAAGUCUUCUGUUUGUUUCAUAAAUAUCUGCCUCCAUGAAUUUUAGUUGCUCAGCAGUAUUUUUAACUUGGUUAUAGAGGCUGAGUCGUAUUGCAGCUAACAAAGACUUCAGUUGUGGCUGAUGCAAGAA